AUGUCCUUUCGGGAUCUCGAGCAAGGUCGCGAAAGCCCACAGCCUGUGACGCAACUGGAGGCACAUGCAAGUAAUGCUGAGAGCCCAGAGUUUAUGCACCUGACUGACCAGGUUGGCUUGCACAUCUUUCGUGUUAAUGCGAAUGUUGCGACGCUGCAGAAAUUAGACACGCAACUGCGUGGGGCAAAUAAUGCGCGUGGUGACGCACUUAUAAAACAAUUCAAUGACUUGAGCGAACAGACCCGAGGGAUUUUCAAGGAUGCUACGGACGAUGUCAAGGCACUUUCGCUGUUUCCGCUGCAGUCCGCGUCCUCUUAUGCGACACGGUCUUCCCCUGCACUGCUGAUGCAAAGCAAAUUGCAGCGUGACUUUCAGCAGGCGCUUGCAUCUUUCCAGGCGAUCCAACGAGCAGGGAUACGCAGUGAGAAGGAGGCGCUUGCGGCUGCCAAGGCGCAAAGCGCUGAGGCGUCCGAAGUGGCAGAGGCGCCCGCCCAGCUAUCCGAGCAAGUAUAUGCUCCUACAGUGUCCCAUGCCGAGAUCGAGCAGCAACAUGCACUCAUCGCCGAGCGUGAGGCAGAGAUUCGCGAUAUCGAGACUGGAGUCCAAGAGUUAAACGAGAUUUUCCGGGAUUUGAGCCACAUUGUCCAAGAACAGGGUGGAAUGAUCGACAACAUCGAGUACAACAUGGGAAACUUGGCGUCCAACGUGCAUGGUGCGGACCGAGAGCUUAUCCAGGCGCACUCAUAUCAGCGUCGCGCGGGCCGCCGCGCGCUUUGUCUUAUAAUUAUAGCUGGGUUUGUCGUCGCCGUAGUGCUGCUGGCGCUGCUUUCGUAA